AUGGCUGAAAAUGUUCUCACUUCCAUGUAUUUCCUGGAUAGAGACGCUCUCUGGGAGAAAGAAAGACCGUAUCUUUUGAAAUUUGAUCCUCCUGAAGGAUUCGCAAAAUCAAAUGUUCAUUAUACGAAACAAGAGGGCAUUUAUGUUGAAGAUAUCCGGGGCCGAGAAAAGGAGUUCACUCUUGAGCAGCACGGCUUUGAACUGAUCCACCUGGCAGUGAACAUGCAACCAGAAGAUUUCCGGAAUGAAUCUCAGCUCAAGGCCCUGUAUUUCCCAGUCAUUGCUGAGCAACUGAAGUCAUUCCUGGGAGCAGAAAGAGUCCAGGUCCAUGAUUAUGCAAUCCGUAAAAGCCAUGUGGAGUUUCCAGUGUCAACAGGCCAGCCAUACGAGUAUCGCCAGCCUGCAUCCAUCGUUCAUAUUGAUACUACACCCACACAUACCAAGAGCCUGAUCCAGACAUUUAAUCCUGGGGAAUCCAAGGCUUUAUUACGGCGUCGAUGGCGAUACCUUAACGUGUGGAUGCCUUUGAGAGGUCUUGUCAGAAAAUGGCCACUGGCAUUGUGCGACAACCGGACUACAAACGCGAAAGAAAAUGCCCAGAUACGGGAUCUGGUUUUCCCCAACGCUGUAGCAGAAUCAUAUCAUGCUCAUCCUUCGCCUGACUACAGAUUCUUUUACGUGCGCAACCAGUUGCCGGGAGAAGCAUGGGUAUUCUUACAAUCCGACUCGAACCCCCAGAAAGAAGGAGCACUGCAUUCGUCUUUCUAUAAUUCCUGGGCAUCAGACUCGGACCCUGAACGCGAGAGUAUCGAGGUUCGAGUACUGGCAUACUUUGCCGACAGCACGGAGUAG